CGGGCCGGUAUCAACGACAAAUUUCGUCAGACACCAUCACGUCGCGCACUGGCAGGCCGUUUCCCCAAUCUUAAUGCAGGCAACCCUAUGGCGACAAUGCAUAAUUACUUGCUUUACUCUAAGCAAGAGUUCCUUUCUUUGCUUGCCGGCGACGUAGGAAAGGCGAACCAUGUCAUUAGCUUCGUAAUACCGCUUCGGACCGUUCACAUCUUGCCGGCGGAUUCGUUAUCAUUAUCACUUCGGUACCGCUUGGGCACCACCGGCAUUCGCACUUCACAAGAAGGCUCCCUUGGGCCAUUGCUGCGUCAGGCCAGCAUGUCAUCAAGGCUCCCGGUAACAAAGGAGGGCCCCGCAGACCCACUUAAUGGCCAUACUUCCGGGGCUUACAAGCAUACUUAUUCUAUUUCAAAUGGCCCUGCCAGAGGGACGUACCUGAAGUCAGGCUUUCAAGCUUCAGACCCUAAAACUCCAUGUACCUGCGACAUCGGAAUAGGGUUUCCGAUACGGGAGGAGCACAUGUCAAGAAACACUCGCUUACCCUUAUUCAUGGUAAUGAACUCGGACUUAUCGCCUGGUAUUGGGUCGUUUCGGAUGCGGAUGAACCAAGCUUUGACCUCAGAGAACUCGCUAAGCACCUAGCGAAGACUUGUUUACUGCCAUUGCUUGCGCAUUUUCUCUCGCAUUCUUCCUGGUACUGGCAUAGGUAAGGAGAUAAUGUUGAGAGAGGUGGUUGAAGGGCUCCUCCACGGUCUCGCUCCGAAAUUCACGCGAUCAAUCCAAGGGCACGCGUCUGCUUAUAUACGCAUCGAUAGCGGCAAGGAGGUUUCCAUUUAGUUAGCCUCAAGUCGAGGCCUGGUCAGUCGGAAUUGUCACUGA